AUGAUGUCGUUUCCCAUCGCACUAUUUGCAGACGUGAACCAAUCGUUUCGCGCCAAUCUCGUGGUGUCGUCAUAUCACCAUGCAAUCACAUUUCCGACUGCCCGUGGGGCCAACUUUUCAACAUUCUUUCCCAGAAACUUCAGCGUCAGCGCAGACGUGUGGUUAUGUGGAGCUAACUUCAGCCAAGAAUGGCAACUGAUGCAACCCGUGUGCUCCACCAAAUACGACUCCAUCACCAUCUUCAUUACAGUGGCCGUGGUGCUGACUCUGAUAACACUAUGGACAAUCUUAGGAAAUUUCUUCGUUCUCAUGGCCUUAUAUCGUUACGGGACCCUCCGGACCAUGUCAAACUGCUUGAUUGGCAAUCUGGCCAUCAGCGACCUGUUGUUGGCCGUAACGGUCCUGCCCAUAUCGACGGUCCACGACCUCCUGGGCUACUGGGUGUUUGGUGAGUUCACCUGCACGCUGUGGCUGUGUAUGGACGUCCUCUACUGCACAGCUUCGAUAUGGGGCCUCUGCACCGUUGCCUUCGAUCGCUAUUUGGCCACCGUCUACCCCGUGUGGUACCAUGACCAGCGGUCAGUCCGCAAGGCUGUAGGAUGUAUAGUGUUCGUCUGGAUAUUUUCAAUCGUCAUUUCGUUUGCGCCUUUCAUUGGAUGGCAACACAUGAUUCCAAGCUUCUUCUCGUUCAACGCAAGCAUUCAGAGAUACCAGUGCAUUCUCUUCACCUCCAGUAGUUACGUGUUGUAUUCGUCGAUGGGUUCUUUCGUCAUUCCCGCUAUACUCAUGGCGUUUAUGUACGUCAGAAUUUUUGUUGUUCUACACAACCAGUCCCGGGGAGUCAAAUUCAAGUCAGGCCUUAAAAUCUCAUCCAGCAAAUACAAUGGUUGUCCUGUGAUAAACGAACCCUCGAGAGAAGGCAUCAACGGACUCGGCAGAGAUGUAACCAACACCACACUCCUUUCAGACGCAGUCGGUAGUUCGGCAGACCUUACAUCUAACGGCAAAGACGACCCCCGGGUCCUAGCCACGGCGCCCAUCGAACUUACUGAGGAUGUCCCGCCUCUAAAUGGGCACCACCACCGGACCGUGCACGAGACGCCCUAUGUAUCGGGCCUGCAUACCAAACGAAGCAACAGCUUCGCCUUACCGACUGAGCUCGAAAAGAAAUGCAAACCCUUAACCAAUAACAUUUUACACAUGAUGGACUUUGACCGCAGGAACAGCCACAACGCCGUCAUACAGAGAAGCGCCUCGGAAAUGGUCAACCUCGAUGUGAGCAAGCACGAGCUUCUCAUUUCGAACGUCUGCCACCGCAGCAAGAGCGCCACGGCACUCACGUCGGAGACAGGGGACCCUCUCGGCAGUUUGGCCGGUCCCCGAAGGUCUCUUCAAUGCAACGUCGGCGGGCUCGUCCGCAACAAACACAUGACCCUGAGCAUGAAACGUCGCUUUGAGCUCCGCGAACAGCGGGCCACCAAACGCAUGCUGCUGAUCAUGGCGUGCUUCUGCGUGUGCUGGAUGCCGUUCCUCUUCAUGUACAUUCUCCGCAGCGUGUGCGACACGUGCCACAUGAACCAGCACUUUGUGGCCGCCAUCAUCUGGCUGGGCUACGUCAACUCCAGCCUUAAUCCCGUCCUGUAUACCCUUUUCAAUGACGACUUCAAAGUGGCCUUUAAGAGACUGAUCGGUGCACGGUCGCCGUCAGCCUACAGAAGCCCUGGACCUCGCAGAUAG